AUGGCUCUCAAACGACCCGCCACUCACGCUGGAUCGUGGUACUCGUCCAAUGCGACCAAACUCGGCGCCGAAGUCGACCGACAUCUUGCCAAUGGAGCCUCUGUGCUCGGAAAAUCCGCUAUUCCGGGCGCCAGAGUGCUCGUAGGACCCCAUGCUGGCCUCGCCUAUGCUGGGCCUCAACUAGGAGAAACAUACGCUGCCUUCGACUUCAAGAACAUCAAACGACUCUUCAUUCUGGGACCCUCGCACCACGUCUACCUUGAGCACGCGGCCACUUCGGCCUUUCACAGCUACGAGACUCCGUUCGGAAACGUCAACGUAGACGUCGAAACCACUCAGAAGCUCAAUGACUCGGGAGUCACAAAGUACAUGAGCGCCACCACCGACAAAGACGAACACAGCUUUGAAAUGCACAUGCCGUUUCUCAAGCGACUCGUAGGUGACCAGAACGUGAAAAUUGUGCCAAUCAUGGUCGGUCAGACGUCGCAGGAGUACGAGAAGCGACUGGCCAAGCUGCUACUGCCCUACGUAGAAGACCCUACCAACGCCUUUGUUAUCUCCACCGACUUUUGCCACUGGGGAAACAACUUCAGAUAUUGGGGUUAUGCGGAUUCAGAGAACUGCGACAAUGUCAGCCAGAGCAGAGAAGAGCUCCGAAGAGCUCUCAAGAGAUCAAACACCCCCAUCUACAAAUCAAUCGAGUACCUCGACAAGAAGGGCAUGGAAGUGGCUUCUCUGACAUCCUAUGACAAGUGGAAGGAGUACUGCAAGAAGACAGACAACACCAUCUGUGGACGGAAACCCCUGGCUAUUCUCAUUUCCAUGCUGGAGAACUAUGCCAUUGAAAAGGGAGACAAGCCCAUCAGUCUUGAGUGGAUCGGCUACUCCCAGUCCAAUCAGGUCAGGGAUAUCUCCGAAGGUUCCGUUUCCUACGCCUCUGGCUUUGCUCUUUUGAGAUAA